AUGGACUACACAACCAACGAAGCUAAGGAAAGCUUCUGUGAUGUAUAUGAUGGGGCAUCCGUUGUGAACUUUGUCUUUUCGCUCCUCAUUACAGGAGGUAUCUUCGUGUCUUACUUGCCACAAUACUACAGAAUCUAUAAGAAGCAAACCUCCGAGGGCCUUAGUGUGAGCUUCUUGCUCUUGGGCUCGUGUCUGUCGAUCUUUACUUUCACCAACAUUAUCAUGAUAUCGUCUAGAGCACGCUACUGUUGCCGCAUAGGCGCUUUGACCUUGUUCAACUGUCUCAACUCACAGUUGAACCUUAUCCAGAUUGGACUUCAGUGUACCUGUGCAAUCAUGAUUCUAGUGCUUGUCAUUGUGUUCACCAGAGGUUCAUUGAAACAGGACCGUGACGAGUUCAAGAGAAUCAUUCACGUUGGAAGGCUUGUGCUCUUGCAUGGAAUUGCACUGGUGAUUCAAAUUAUCGUUGCCUUCACUACCAACAGAUCGAUUUUGCUUUAUUUGGCACAAUUGAAUGGUCUUAUGUCGACCUUACUCACCGUCAUCAAGUAUGUGCCACAGAUUGUCACGACUUACAACCUCAAGCAUCCUGGAACCUUGUCAAUUGGUAUGAUGUGCAUUCAAACUCCUGGUGGUUUUAUCUUUACUGCCACAUUGUUCUUUACCAAGGGUUCCCACUGGAGCUCUUGGGUGUCGUACUUAGUAGCAGCUUUGUUGCAGGGAACAUUGUUGUUGCUUUGUAUCUACUAUGAGUACGUUGAUAAGUCGUCUAGCGAAGAGGAGCAAAGAGCUGUCGAGAGAAUCAUUGAGGAGAACAGAGAACAGCCGGAAGAAACAACGCCCUUGGUGUAA